AUGGAUGAAAGCCCCGGACUGGGCCAUGGCUGUAAGAUGGAUACAUAUACAUCACUAAUCAAAGAGUCACCAAUGGAAAUGAAAGUGGAAGAAGAAUCUGAUCUCAGAGAAUAUGGUCAUGACGGAUCUUCUCCUACAAGAGUUCUUCAGAAGAUCCAGUCCCAUGAAAGAGGGGAUGCUGAGGAAAAUCAAAAGACAGAGGGAUGUCCCAAUGGCUCACACAGUGGAAAGGCUUUCAUUACAAAGGCUGAGCUCAGGAUACAUGAGAGGAUCCAUACUGGAGAAAAGCCAUAUCAGUGUUCAGAUUGUGGACACACUUUUACUCGCACAGGUUCUCUGAAGAAACAUCUGAUGAUCCAUACUGGGGAAAAGCCAUAUCGUUGUGCUACAUGUUUGAAAACUUUCAGAACCAGCCUAGAGCGCACUGUCCAUCAGAGAACACAUACGGGAGAAAAGCCAUAUCAGUGUUCAGAUUGUGGAAAGACUUUUACUCAGGCAGGUAAUCUUAAGAAACAUCUGAUGAUCCAUGCUGGAGAAAAGCCAUAUCAUUGUUCCGAUUGUGGAAAGACUUUUACCCAGGCAGCUCAUUUGAAGACACAUCUGAUGAUCCAUACUGGAGAAAAGCCAUAUCAGUGUUCAGAUUGCGGAAAGACUUUUAUUUCAGGAACUGAUCUGAAGAGGCACCAGAGGAUCCAUACUGGGGAAAAGUUUCAUCACUGUUCAGAUUGUGGAAAGACUUUUGCUCAGGCAGGUAAUCUUAAGAAACAUCUGAUGAUCCAUACUGGAGAAAAGCCAUAUAAGUGUGCUACAUGUGGGAAGGGUUUCAAAACCAAUAGAGAGCUUAAUGUCCAUCAGAUGAUCCAUACUGGAGAAAAGCCAUAUCAGUGUCCAGAUUGUGGAAAGACUUUUACUUUUACCCGGGCAGAUCAUUUGAAGACACAUCAGAGAACACAUACUGGAGUAAAGCCAUAUCAGUGUUCAGAUUGUGGAAAGACCUUUACUCAGGCAGAUGCUGGAAAGAUCACAAAAGGGAAGAUUUUCAAGAGCAGGUCUGAUCUCAACCCACAUCAGAGAACACCUACUGGAGUAAAGCCAUAUCAUUGUUCAGAUUGUGGAAAGAGUUUUACUCGGGCACAUCAUUUGAAGACACAUCUGAUGAUCCAUACUGGAGAAAAGCCAUAUCAGUGUUCAGAUUGUGGAAAGAGUUUUACUAAGGCAAGUAAUCUCAAGAUACAUCAGAUGAUCCAUACUGGAGAAAAGCCAUAUCAUUGUUCAGAUUGUGGAAAGACUUUUGCUCAGACAGGUGAUCUCAAGAAACAUCAGAUGAUCCAUACUGGAGUAAAGCCAUAUCAGUGUUCAGAUUGUGGAAAGACUUUUACUCGGGCAGAUAGUCUGAAGAAACAUCAGAUGAUCCAUACUGGAGAAAAGCCAUAUCAUUGUUCAGAUUGUGGAAAGACUUUUGCUCAGACAGGUGAUCUCAAGAAACAUCAGAUGAUCCAUACUGGAGAAAAGCCAUAUCAGUGUGCUACAUGUGGAAAGGGUUUCAAAACCAGUGGAGAGCUUACUACACACCAGAGGAUUCAUACUGGACAAAAGCCAUAUCAGUGUUCAGAUUGUGGAAAGACUUUUACUCAGGCAUGCGAUCUGAAGACACACCAGAGGAUCCAUACUGGUGAGAUG